CAUGUUACCAUGGCGAUGACUGCAGGGACUACAACAUCCUUUCCCAUGAGUAACCACACCCGGGAGAGAGUGACGGUGGCCAAACUUACGCUGGAGAACUUCUACAGCAACCUUAUUAUACAGCACGAAGAGAGAGAAACCAGGCAGAAGAAGCUAGAAGUGGCUAUGGAAGAGGAAGGCCUCGCAGAUGAGGAGAAAAAACUGCGCAGGUCACAACACGCUCGCAAAGAAACAGAGUUUCUGCGACUGAAGAGGACUAGACUUGGCUUGGAUGACUUUGAGUCUUUGAAAGUUAUAGGAAGAGGAGCAUUUGGGGAGGUACGCCUCGUUCAGAAGAAGGAUACAGGUCAUAUUUAUGCAAUGAAGAUACUAAGAAAAGCAGAUAUGCUGGAGAAAGAGCAGGUGGCCCAUAUCCGAGCAGAAAGAGAUAUUUUGGUUGAAGCGGAUGGAGCCUGGGUAGUGAAAAUGUUUUACAGCUUUCAGGAUAAAAGAAAUCUUUACCUGAUCAUGGAGUUUUUACCUGGAGGCGACAUGAUGACCUUGCUAAUGAAGAAAGACACCUUAUCAGAAGAGGAGACACAGUUUUACAUUUCUGAAACUGUGUUGGCCAUAGAUGCUAUUCACCAGCUGGGAUUCAUCCACAGAGAUAUUAAACCAGAUAACCUUCUGCUGGAUGCUAAGGGUCAUGUAAAACUGUCUGAUUUUGGGCUAUGCACAGGUUUAAAGAAAGCUCACAGAACUGAGUUCUACAGGAACCUUACACACAACCCGCCAAGUGACUUCUCAUUUCAGAAUAUGAACUCAAAGAGAAAAGCAGAAACAUGGAAGAAGAACAGGCGACAGCUGGCAUAUUCUACUGUUGGAACCCCAGACUAUAUUGCACCAGAAGUAUUUAUGCAGACUGGGUACAACAAGCUGUGUGACUGGUGGUCAUUGGGAGUGAUUAUGUAUGAAAUGCUAAUAGGGUAUCCACCUUUCUGUUCAGAAACACCACAAGAGACUUAUAGGAAGGUUAUGAACUGGAAAGAAACGUUGGUAUUUCCUCCAGAGGUGCCCAUUUCAGAGAAAGCAAAGGACUUAAUUCUAAGGUUUUGUAUUGACUCAGAAAAUAGAAUUGGUAGUAAUGGAGUAGAGGAAAUAAAAAGUCAUCCGUUUUUUGAAGGCGUGGACUGGGGACAUAUCAGGGAAAGACCAGCUGCAAUCCCUAUAGAAAUCAAAAGUAUUGAUGAUACUUCCAACUUUGAUGAAUUUCCUGAAUCUGAUAUUUUACAGCCAGUGCCAAACACAACGGAACCUGACUACAAAUCCAAAGACUGGGUUUUCCUCAAUUAUACGUACAAGAGGUUUGAAGGGCUCACGCAGCGUGGCUCAAUCCCUUCCUACAUGAAAGCUGGGAAGUUGUGA